AUGAGACAGAAAGAACGCCAAAUCCAACAGCUUCCGGCUCGAGCCGCCGACCGAGCAACGAAGACGGGGGGAUCCACCAUGGAAUAUGGAUCUGUCGAGGGGAAGCAGAGCAGCUUUACACCUGGGAAACGUAAGCGACUGAACGUGGUUGCUAUUCUGGUGAGCUUGCUGACUCCCUGCGCAGUGUUUUGCGGUGUGUUUGUAGCUUUGUCUUUCCAACUGCAUUACUGGAGCCCUUCAAUUUCCUGGUUCUCUGUCACUGCUGGUCUGGCUUUGGCGGGCAUUGCAGGUUUCUUGGCACGGAGGAACCAGAUCCGCGAGCAGGACCCCACUUGGUUUACUUUCGCAGCGCUUGCGUAUUUAUUUGCAACAGUCUUCGGAGCAAUUCUUGGAGAUAUGAACUACUGGUACAAUAUGCAGCCCUUUUAUGACAUUGAAAAUAUCAAUUCCUACCCAGAUGUGAAUCCCGCUCGGGAAAGAGGGCAGCAGCUCAUGGAUGCCGGAAGAGUGUACUUUGAAGAUGGGACGGGCUUGGACAUCAGCAAGUCCAUGUCAUUCAAGAAUUUGGACAGGUACUGUGUUGCUCCAAUUGUCCAUGGUCAGUCGCCUUUAGACUCCUAUGAUUUCUGGGCAGUGGGCUUAAACUGCUGCGGAUCCUCCACUGGCGCUUUCCAAUGUGGCGAGUACAACAACCCCAAAGCACAUGCCGGCUUGCGGUUGAUGCAGGAGGAGCAGAGGCCUUUCUUUCGACUAGCAGUGCAGCAGGCAGAGGCCGCCUACAACAUCAAAGCAAAUCACCCACUGUUCUUCUACUGGAUGCAGGAUCCUGUGGCUGAAAUCUUGCACUACAAAACCUCGGGCUUUGCUUGGGCGCUGAUUGCAAUUGCUACCCACUUCGCAUUCAACCUGCUGUGUGUCGCAGGUGCCGCGCUUGCUUUCUCAAAGUUGGCCCAGGAUGUCUGA